AUGAGCAAUUCUGACCACAUUCGUCAUGGAGACCCUCGCGCUGGUGGCAGCACAAGAUCAGAAUCGACAGCCAACGGUACAGCCGAUCUCAGCAACUCCCUCGCGGACGGGACCCUCACCGACUCCAUCGCCGCCGUAGAGGCUGCAUGGGGCAAGGUUGCCAACAACCUCGGGCAGGACCCGGUCUACGUCAUCGCUGCCACCCACGGCAAGCGCGCCGUGGACAACCUCGCCCAGUUCAAGUCGCACAUCAAGGUGCACGAGAUGGACGCCAAGGUCCAGGCGUUCGAGGAGUCGAUCCUCUUCUUCGCGGAAGCGUUCACCAAGCACGGACCCGGCUCCCGCGAGGUUUCACCACUUUUUUCUAGAGCCGCGACCCCUUCCCUCGCGUCCUCGUCCUCGUCUUCGGGCACCAGCUCGUCGGGCUCCAGGGUCGCGUCGCCGCGUUCGUGCUCGCCCUCCCCUGCGGGCUACACCGACCUCCCGUCCCUUGUCCGUUGCGUCACCAACCGCCUUGCGCUCAUCACGGCUGAGGGCGCGACGUACGAGGAUGAGGAGAUCACGGGGAUCCCGGAGCCCAUGAUCGAUUGGAGGAUGGGGGCUCUAGCGGAAGCACAUAUUCGAGGCGUGGCAGGUCGAGACCGCCGCCGUUGA